UUUUCGUCAGUGAUAAUGGCGGAUGAAAGGCGUAGCAGUGAAGAGCUCUCCGACGACGGAGCAGGACCAGGAGAGAGGGGAGGCUGUGUGAACACUAAGACUGUCUCUUCCAGCAAUGGAGGGGGGGGGCGGGGUGAGGGCCGGGGUGCAGGGAAACGUUCUGCCCCAGAGGAGCCCUCAGGCCACCAAGCGCCGCCCAAAGUUUCCAAGGUGGGAUUUGGGAUGAUGAGUCAGCUCAACAAGAAGCCUGCCCCAAUCUCCAUUAAGCUGGGAGCCACUAAGCCCAAAGAGCCUACCCCAGCUCUGCCUGCCAAGAAACCUGCUCUCGCUGCAGUAUUCAACGAGGAUGAUGACAGUGAACCUGAGGAGAUGCCCCCCGAGGCCAAGAUGAGAAUGAAAAAUAUUGGCAGGGAGACGCCCACAUCCGCUGGACCCAAUUCCUUCAACAAGGGGAAGCACGGAUUCUCCGACCACCAGAAGCUGUGGGAGAGGAAGCUGAAGUCUCAGUCGGAUAAAUAGAGAUGAAAUUAGGGCUAGGACUGGGAGAGAGGUUUUUUUUUUUAGUCUAGAUUCUCAGUGUGUAGAUAGAACUCUUUAGUGGUUUGUCUCUUCACAGUGUAAAAUUGUAAAUAUGUAAGGAGACAUACAUGUGCUAUGGAGCGUUGUUUUUUUUUUUUUUGUUUUGUUUUAUAAAUAUACUUUUUACGUGCAAGUGUUGCUCACAGCUGUGCAGUCAGAAUGAAAAGAUUUGCUCGGCUGUAAAGGUAUUUCCCACAGAUUCACUGCAGCGAGAAUCAUUCGAAACAAUGAUUUACUGCUUUACAGAAAUGGUUUACUUUAAAAAUGAACGGACUACCUACAGUUUUAGUCCCACCCCCUUUACAUUGAUUUACAAAAAGAACGGAGUUCAUUGAGGCUGAUUGGUUUGUGAACUUAUACAGUGUAACUCACCCGUUGUUAUAAUGUAUUGUAUAAUAAACGCAUAAAACCACCGUA